AGAUUUUGGGGAAGCCACAGGUGACUGUCAGGAAAUGAUGAUGCAAGGGCAGGACCUCUUGUGUGCGCAGCCUGUGGCUGCCCCAUCCUGCCUGCGCUGUGCCCCCAGCUUCCCUGCCUGCCCUGGGAGCACAGGACAGUCUCCCAGCCGUACAGAUGACGGUGCUGCUGUCCCUGGGCUCAGGGAGCACAUUACAUACUUCAUUCAGCCCAUCUAGCUCUGCUCGAGAGGGUAAAGACUCCUCUGGUUGCCGUUGCCAAGGCACUUGUCCGUCCUCAACCCUCUGCAAAACGGGUGCUGCAGCACCCUGUGCCAUCACAGGGCAGCACCAGCAGUCAGAGGGGCCACUUGGCUAACGGGGCAGCUGCCCUGGCCCUGGGCCUAGCCCUUUACUGUCCUCUGAUUUGAGAGGUGCCUCCACGGCACUCCCGAGGCCUCCCUGCUGCCCUCCUCCUUCCCAGCCCUGGAGCCGCUGGAGGGGCUGGGCUGGAGACUCCCCACGGGAAACACCGACUCAAUACAAACCACAGCGGGUGAACAAUUAUGGGUGUGAUUGCAGCAGGGCUUCCGCUUUCCCGCGGGCUUUAACAGCGGAGCAGAGCUGUGUGAAGGCAGAGGAGAGGGGAGGACACCGAGACGCCUGCAGAGGCAGGAGCAGGGGCUGGAGUGGGACGCCGUGGCUAGGAGCAGCUAUGGGGGAUAUCUUCAUCCGGCACAUCGAGCUGCUUGGCUACGAGAAAAGGUUUUUCCCCAGCCAGCACUAUGUCUACAUGUUCCUGGUGAAGUGGAACGACCUCUCCGAAAAGGUCGUCUACCGCCGGUUUACCGAGAUAUACGAGUUCCACAAAGCGCUGAAGGAGAUGUUUCCCAUUGAAUCUGGGGACAUCAACAUGGAGAACCGGAUCAUCCCACACUUGCCAGCACCGAAGUGGUUUGAUGGGCAGCGCUCGACGCAGAACAGGCAGGGCACGCUGACUGAGUACUGCUACACACUGGUCAACCUGCCCCACAAGAUCUCUCGAUGCCUGCACGUGGUCAACUUCUUCAAGGUCCGUCACGACGACAUGAACCCUGUCACAGACAGCCAAACCAAGAAGCCCGAGGUCUUCCUCCUGCCAAAGGAUGCCAAGAAAAACCCCACCGACAUCACGGGCCCCAUUGUCCUGCAAACGUACCGAGCCAUCGCUGACUACGAGAAGAGCUCCACAUCCGAGAUGGCUCUAAAAGCUGGGGACAUGGUAGAUGUCGUGGAGAAGAGCGAAAGCGGAUGGUGGUUUUGCCAGAUGAAGAAUAAACGGGGCUGGGUGCCAGCUGCCUAUCUGGAACCAAUGGAUGGUCCUGAUGAGUCUGAAGAGCAGGAGCCCAACUACGCAGGUGAGCAGUACAUUGUCCAGAAAAGCUACACAGCCGUGGAGGAGGACGAGCUGACCCUCAAGGAGGGUGAUACCAUUGAAGUCAUCCACAAGCUGCUUGAUGGCUGGUGGGUCAUCAGGAAGGAUGAAACCACAGGUUAUUACCCCUCCAUGUACCUGCAGAAAGCUGGGGAGGCGAACACCUCCAUGAAGAGUGAGCUGAGGAACCGGAUUGCUCCUCCACGGAGAUCCACCAUCCGAAAUGCAAAGAGCAUCCACAAGCAGAGCCGGAAGCUGAUCACCCAGGAGACCUACAGAAGGAACAGCAAGAAGUACAUCCAGAGCCAGAGGAACAUGAAGGAAAACUUGCAGAACAAGGCCAAAGUCCUCAUUGAGAAAAAUGAGCAAGAGGAGAACAAGCCCAAGGCUCAGCCUGCUGUUCCUCCCCGUCCCAGCAAAGACCUCAUCCUGAACCGCUGUACCGAGAGCACCCGGAGGAAGAUCCUGUGAGCCCUCAGCCCCCCACACCAGCCAGCCGAUGCUUUAUCUCCACCAGCUCCUGCGCAACCGGGGCUCAGAGCCAGACUGGGGGAUCCAGGUGGCUCUGGCAGCUGCCACAGGCCCCGGGUCGCUGCCGGCCAGAUCGGCGCAGCCCAGCGCCCAUCUUCAUCCACUGGUAUGGCAAGCCCAAGAUGUCCUAAUGACGCUGCGAGGAGAGCUCCAGCCUCGCUCCACCGGCUCCUGGAGGGCUGAGGCCACUGGGGACCCCUCGCCACUAGACCCCCUUUUAUCAUCUAUUUCUAUUUUGAAUGAUUUUGCAUCUUUCACCAAUAAAGGAGAGACACUUU